AUGGUGCGAUAUACUUCAUCGAUCCUCUUGGCCUCAUUAGCCGCCACUUCUGUCUGGGCCGCGGCCCCCACCUGCAGUACUAGCUCUCAAUGUCCCGAAGAGUAUCCCUGCUGCUCUCAAUAUGGUGAGUGCGGCACAGGGGCUUACUGCCUUGGUGGUUGUGAUCCUCUCUCGUCAUUCUCUCUUGACUCGUGCACCGGUGAGCCGGUGUGUCAGAGCAGGACCUACACGUGGGACAAUCUAGAUAAUGCGGCACUGAACACCAAGUAUCUCGGAAACGCCUCCGAAUACGACUGGGUGUACAGUGGCUAUCCCGAACUGGACGAUGGCAAUCUACUCCUCACCAUGCCCAAAAACACUGUGGGGAGUCUCUUUGCCAACAACCACUACAUCUGGUACGGCAAGAUUUCCGGCAGGGUUAAGAGCAGUCGUGGUGCCGGUGUCGUUACAGCCUUUAUCUUGCUUUCGGAUGUCAAGGACGAGAUCGACUUUGAGUUCAUUGGUUCGGAUCUGGCGAAUGUUCAGACCAACUACUACUGGCAGGGUGUCCUCAACUACAACAAUGGAGAGAAGAAUGCAGUCAAUGGCAGCGAUACCUUCGAUGAGUGGCAUGACUAUGAGAUCGACUGGACACAAGAUGCGAUCACCUGGUCGGUGGACGGGCAGGUCAAGCGGACCCUGACCAGGGAAUCGACUUGGAAUGAGACUGCCAAGCGCUACCAGUUCCCCCAGAGCCCAUCGAGAAUGCAGAUGUCGCUGUGGCCAGCUGGUCAAGCUAGCAACGCACCAGGCACCAUUGAGUGGGCUGGUGGCGAAAUCGAUUGGGAUAGCCAGGACAUCCAAGAAAAGGGCUACUACUAUGCUACAUUUGGUGAGAUCACCGUUGAAUGCUACGACCCCCCGAACGGCACGGUUUCGACUGGUAACAAGUCGUACAUCUUCACCAACUCCGACGGGCUCGAACAAUCGGUUCAGAUCACCAACAAUGACACCGUCCUGGCAUCUUUUGGCGCCACCGGUCUCAACAUGAAUCUUGGUGCCAGCAGUUCCAACAGCACUGGAAGUAACAGCACAGUCCCGGAGAACCACGGCGGAUCAGGAAGCGUUCCAGGAGCUACCGGCAGCAACACCACUACCAGCAGCUCGAGUAGCUCUUCUGGAUUCAGCCAAGGUAGCAGCGGGAGCGAAUCGAGCGGUGCCCCUUCCCAGGGUGAGCGAGUCAUGAGAGGCUCAUUCUUCGCUGCCUUGGUCGCAGUGGUUGUUCUGGUCACCCUCUGA